AUGGCCAUCUCUGCGCGAUACACCAGGUACCUGGUGUUGGCCGUUGUGGGUUUGACCUUUUUCUACUUUGUCACUCGAUCAUCCUUCCAGCUACCGAGCGCUGCUUCUCUCCCCAAGCCCAAACCCACCUACGAGGACUUCAAAUCACAGAAACCACACAACACGGGGAUCAACAGCACCGAGCGGGUCAACGCAACCUUUGUGACCCUCGCUCGCAACCCCGACAUUUGGGAGAUUGCCAAGUCGAUUCGAACGGUGGAAGAUCGGUUCAAUCGCAACUUCAACUAUGACUGGGUCUUCCUGAAUGACCAAGAUUUCGACGAAGACUUCAAGAAGCUGACGACGUCUCUGGCAUCCGGCACGACUCACUACGGCCGCAUUCCCAAGGAGCACUGGUCCUACCCGGAAUGGAUUGACCAAAAUAAGGCCCGCGAAGUGCGGGAGGAUAUGGGUCGUCGAAAGAUCAUCUACGGCGACUCGGAGAGCUACCGUCACAUGUGCCGCUAUGAGUCAGGCUUCUUCUUCCGUCACCCGCUCAUGAUGAACUACGAGUACUACUGGCGCGUGGAGCCCAGCGUGGAGCUCUUUUGCGAUGUUCCUCGAGACCCUUUCUUGUUCAUGAAGCAGAAUAACAAGAAAUACAGCUUUGUGAUCAGCUUGCUCGAAUAUAUCGACACUAUUCCGACCCUGUGGGACAGCGCGAAGAAGUUCCUGAAGGAACACCCCGAACACAUUGCCGACAACAAUGCGAUGGACUUUGUCAGUGAGGAUGGCGGUGAGACGUACAACAAAUGCCACUUCUGGUCGAAUUUUGAGAUCGGCAGCCUCGAGUGGUUGCGAUCCCAGGCAUACAUCGACUACUUCACUUCCCUGGACCAUGAUGGUGGUUUCUUCUACGAGCGAUGGGGUGAUGCGCCCGUGCACUCCAUCGCCGCGGCGACCAUGCUCAAGAGAGAUGAGAUCCACUUCUUCGACGAGAUUGCGUACUAUCACAAUCCCUUCACCCACUGCCCCAGUUCUGAGCAGACGCGGCUGGAUCUGCGCUGCCACUGCAAGCCCCACGACAACUUUGACUGGAAGGACUAUUCUUGUAUGAUGGUCGUGCUCGGCAGUGAAAGGAUACGUAGCCGGGCCAUCGAGGGGCUGCGAACGGUGAUCGAGUUGGUUCCGAGUGUUGUGAAGUUGUGCCGCCGCACGUUACGACGAGAAGCCGCGAUUGAAAAGAAACGAGAGUAUUAA